AUGGCUAGCAAUGAUCCUGAGAAUACUGCUGACAAAGUUUGCAGUACUGACAAGCUCGAAGAGGGCGGCCGUAUAAAGAGGUUUCGAAAAGUAAGGAUCCAAUUCUUUUGAGAUACAAAGUAAUGUUUCAUUGCUACUGAGGAACGAUCAGCCAUUAAGAUGGUAUGGACACCAGCAAAAACAUCACUUAAACCAAGAAGUCUCGCAGUUGUAAAAAACUACAGGUUAAAAUUGUUAGCAAUUUAUUUGAUUUUGCAGUGCAGAGAAGCUUUCACCAUGGUCAAGCGUUUCCGCUUGUCUCCUUUGAUGAGAGAAGCCGUCGCAGAAUUCUGGUCCACAUUUAUUUUACUGGUAAGUAAAAGGUGAAGAAACAAUACUGGGAUAUAAAGGAGAGGGGGAAACUGCCCCUUAAAUACAAUGUAAAUACAAUGAUCACAUGAACCUGUGUAUGGUCACUUAGUCAGGAAAAAGGAGCGAAGAGGAGGUAAAGAAAACAAAAUUGAGCAGACGGGGAAAGGGCGGAAAGAAAGAGAGGCCUUACGAAAUAGACAUCCGUUAAUAAGUCGGGAUCUUAAAAGACCGAUGAAUGUUCAACAAACACAAGUAUUUAUUUUUUUGCAGAAAAUUGGAGACAUUGUCGAUACCCUAUGUCUUGUAGUUUAACAGUUUUAAAUCUCAAAAUUUGGCUAAUCCUGUACGCCUUAUUUUCAGAUUUUUGGUGUUGGGUCUGUGGCUCAGAUGGUUCUAAGCAACUGGAAGUUUGGAAAUUUCUUCUCUGUGAAUUUUGGCUGGGGCAUGGGUGUGACAAUGGGCUGCUACUGGGCGGGAGGAAUCUCAGGUAUACAAAUACACUAACUGAUGGUGAAUUUACUUUACAUGGUUAAAGACAUUAGCUAUUCUGAAGAGGACCUCAAUUUUAUUUUAACUUCUACGAUUGGAAAUAAUUUAGCUAGCAAAAAAAAAAAAAAAAAAAAAAUAUCCACGUACUCUGGUAGUACCAGCAAUGUUCAAAGUUAAAGUUGAUAGUCAGAGAGUUAUUUAAACGAUUCUGUUGAAUACAUACUACACAGAGGCUCCUCUUUGUGAAGUUAUUCACAUUAAACACUUCUUUUGGGCUCCUAUAAGAAAUAUUUUAUCUUAAACGCUUUCAGGUGCUCACAUGAACCCCGCUGUAACACUGGCUUUCGCCGUCGUCAAGAGAUUGCCAUGGAGGAAAGUUCCCGUAUAUUGUGCGGCGCAGAUGUUGGGGGCGUUUGUGGCUUCAGCGUGUGUUUAUGGUGUAUACUAUGGUGAGUGCAAGGGCAUUCUUUGAUGGAUUGACAUUCGUUUAUUGGUUUAAGGAGCAAUCGCAGUUCGAAGGCCUGAGUCUUUUAUGCUACUCCCCUGGAAAGCACAAACCGUAACAUCAGGAGUGAAUUAAUUGCUAUCAAAUGCUAGCAAGAGCCGCUCUUGAUGCUAGUCAAUACUUACUCAUUUACUCACGGUCGACGCCUAAAAGAUGACGGGAAGAAAACUGGCUCGUUAGGGCUCGACUCUCAUACAACUUUCAAGAUCUCGAACGUUCUCCAGCCCAGUAUCCCUCAGCAGUGUGUUAAUACAUGUAGUUGAAGGGUAUCCUCUUUUUGCCCUCGAUGAGCAGGCACCCGUGUUAGCAUUGCGCUGGAGAGCUCUGACUCAUUUCAUCACGAAAUACAUGUCCAGAGAGAGCAAUUCUUCUAUUUUGAAUUGUAAAGGUCACCUUUUCUAGACUACAAUAAAGCUCGCUUUUUUAACCCUGUCUUUCCAAGAUAUGUUUUCCGGAUUUGCAGCAUUCUUUUAUAAGUUCCAUCCAAGCUUUUUUCUUGGGCUUUUGUCAAAGACCAAGUGGUUCUCCCGUGAAGGAACAUUUUCUCCGUAGUUGCUCUGAACAACUUCAACUUGAUCUUUUCUACCAAGUCACUCUACUUUCUAGAUGUUCUUAGUCAAUAAUGGGCGAAAAAACUUGCAGAUUAGGAAAUCUCUUUAAUCAGAGAUUUCACUGAUUUGCUUUCCUUUCUUAACUUCAAGUUCUGUACUUCUAUACAAUAGUCAUCUGACAAAAACUGGCAAAAGUACCCUUCAAUUAUAAUUUGCUGCUGCUGUUGUUUUUUGUUUUCGAAGUAAAACUUUUUCACCUCCACCCUUGUUCCAGGUAUUGACAUAUUAACGUUUUUUUUAUUUUUUUUUGAACCCUUUGAAUGUUUCUUAUUGCUUUAUAAUUGGAAUCUCCUAGAUGCCUUGAAUAAAUUUGAUGGUGGUGUUCGUCAGGUACUUGGUCCAAAAGGCACGGCAGGGAUCUGGGCGACUUAUCCUCAGCCCUUCUUAUCAAUAGGAAAUGGCUUCGGUGAUCAGGUAAAUACGAGAGACCAAACAGCAGUAUAGGUGAAAAGGCUAACUACUUCCCAUUACCAAGUAACUUCUCAGACAACGUUUUGAUUUUCGUGAUCAAGUUGACAGUCAAGAGAGUUAUACGACUCAACGCCUGUUACUCAGGCUAAAGCCCUGGAAAGAGAUGUCAAGAAUCAAGCUCCUAACGAGGUUGAUCAAAAGAAGUGAAAACGAUUUUUGAGUCUCUGGGCAUUUAUAAGCGUGAUGAUUUAUAGUUCGCAACUAUAUUUAGUAAAUAACAUUAUCUUAAUUUAUUUUUCUGUUAUCUCAAACAUUUUUUAAGUAGAAGCACCAUACAUUGACUCACAGUGUUUUUCUUCUCUUUCUUUUUUUUCAGGUACUUGGUACCGCGCUGUUAGUUGGCUGUGUUUUCGCUAUCAUCGACAGAAACAACAACGCUCCCGACCAGGGAGUGGUACCUGUUCUCAUCGGACUGUUGGUAUUUGUCAUCGGCACAACAUUUGGAUUCAAUUGCGGUUAUGCAAUCAAUCCUGCUAGGGAUCUUGGACCGAGGAUAUUUACUGCCAUGGCAGGAUGGGGCGGCGAAGUGUUUACGUGAGUAAAACUGAGUUUUAGUUUCUUAAUAGAAUGAAAAAUUUUGAUAAUAGUUAUAGUAAUAAUAAUAAUAAUAAUAAUAAUAACGAUAAUGAUAAUGAUAACGAUGACGAUAAUUAUGAUGGUAAUGUUAAUGAGAAUAAUAAUAAUAAUCAUGAUAAUUUGUUAUCUAUUGUGAUUUUAGUUUCUAAGAUUCUAAUAUAUGUCAGACUUAGAGGAAAGACCAAAACUGUUGGCCAGAAGAUAACCGGUCAAGAAAUUUAUAUCAGAUCGGCUUUUCUAACACUAACAUCCUGACCUACAGGGAUAUUUCAGGCCAGUUGACUCUUUUCCUUUCCGCUCAUACAACAUUCUUCACAGCAGCAACACUCCCCACAUUGCUAACGUUGUCUACGAACUCGUGUGGAAACGCGUGCUACGCAUGUUAGCUAUCGUAGCUGAACAAGCCUAGUUAAUGUAGGACCUAUAAAAAUACUACAAGUGAGGGGGCAAGCGAAGCAAUCCGAGCGAAAAAAUGGGAAAGUGGAAAGGUUCCCUUAUCUUUCUCUUCUCUUUUCCAUCUCCUAGUCUCAUCGCACUUUUUUUGCUACUUUCUGCUUGACCCCUCUGACCUCCACUACAGCCAAAUCAGUAGGCUAGGGAGUCCGAUCAUCACACUGCAGCCUUGCGAAACCUAACUGGACUUACAUGAAACUUGGGCCUAACAUUUUGUUAACCUUUUUUCCCAGGGCAGGCAACAACUGGUCUUGGGUCCCAAUCUUCGGUUGUUUCUUUGGGGGUGUCCUCGGUGCAUUGAUUUAUGUUUGUUUCAUUGAAAUGCACCACGAUUCAGAAGAAGGAAGAGAGGCCAAGAUGGAACUCGAGAGCAUGAUUAAUAGUGAGUAAAGACACUGCAGAAGACAAGGAGAAGUUUCCAGGUCACUGGGACAGAUUUACAGAGAGACUUGACGACAAUCUAGUAUUUUAUUGUAUUCACCUUCGAUCUCCCUUGAAUUCACUUUAGACCUAUAGUCCUACGGUCGCAUUUACAUAUAUGCACGUAUAUUUUUUCCAUGCCUGUAUCGCGUAUAGGAAAAGUCAAAAGCCAUAUCCUACAUUUUGUUUCGAAGUAACUUUAAGUUCUAAUGUUUUAAAUAAUAUUAUGAUAUAAAAUAUGUAGUUAUAUAAAAAAAAUAUUUUCCCCAAAGUCUCUCUUCUGUCUUGGUUUUCCUUUGGUCCAUACUAUCUGAAGAAUUCCAUUUCAUUCGCCAUUUCAUUCCAUAAUUUUUAAAGUUUAGCUACAUUAAUAGUUCCUGCCUUUUCGAGGGAUGUCGUCUAUUUUUUUAAAAUAGACGACAUUUGCUAAACUUGAAUGUUGGUUUAUGAAGUAGAUAUGCUUGGAGAUCAAAGCUGGCCUCCGGUUUUCCCGACUUGAAGCCGCAUCAUGCAGCUUUACUUCCAUUGCUACGGUGGCUCUUUAAGUACACAACAUUGUCGACCGUGCAGGUGUGCUAAUAGGGACCUUUAGCAACCUGGACGAGUCUGUGGACGACGACGAGAGAAUACUAGUGAGGUUUUAGUCGAGAACGUCGUCCACGGCGGGAAAAACAAAUGUUUAAGCGAGUUGAGACGCCUCGGUUCGUCACCAAGGUAACUAGACUACAAUGGUUUCGUUUAAGGAAAUUCGAGAGUUGCUUCUUUUAAGCCUUGAGAAUAAAACAGUAUAUGCGAAAUACAGUCAAAAUCUUGCUUUCUAGAGAUAGACAUGUACAGCUCAAAACGUGAAGACAAUGAAACAACAGUGUAGAGGAGAUUGCAGAUCUAAUCAGUGCUUUGAGAGACUGCGGAGGAUUUCCCAUGGGAUUUUUAACCAGCCUAUCUUUCUUGCUUUUAACCUCAGUCAUGCCCUAAAGGCCCCGAGUAUGAAAGCCUUUUCCUUUUCUAGUUAAAUAGUGCUUCUGAAAACAGAUUACAGUUCAGAAGCAUUUAAGGAAAACAUAAACAUUUUACUUCUAGUCAAGGGGUCUUUCCCGCCGAAGCCAUUGAAGAGUUCACCGAAAAUCGCUGGAAAUCUUUAGUUUCCACAGACCCAACCUUCGACAAAAAGUAAAAAGAAGGUUUCCUUUUUUCAAACAUUGGUACAAAACAAUGUUAACUGGGCAGAGAGACGAAAAAGAUUGCUUUGGACCGCAAAUUCACACAUUUGACUUCCUGAACGCCAUGUGUACGACAUCACCUGUUUAUUAUCAUAUCAUUUAUUGUUUUUUUAUUAUCCAACCUGGUUUUACGUAUUGUGGAACUUUGGGUCUCUGUUGGUCACGUUCCCGUAAGAGUCGAAUUGAAAGCAUUGAACGUCGAGGUCAGAAAGGCAUUGGUGGAGAGUUUAAUAAAGAGACAGUCCUGCCAGCUUGUGUUUGAUUGUCUUCAGGAUAAUGUCUGUACCCCUUUUAAAGGAUAUUUUACAAAAAUUGAACACAACAUUAACACUAGAAACAAUGGAUGUUCACUAAAACUUCCCAAAGCCAAAUUAGAAUUUGGACGGAGACGUUUUGCCUUUCAGAGGGCUCUAGUUUACAAUACUUUACCUCGGCAUUUGAGAAAUUUAAAUUCUAGGUUUCUUUUUAAGAGUAAUUUAAAAGAGUUUUUCAAUAGUAUUCCAUAAUUCACAACUCUUUUCAGUCUUAUAAGUCACUGACAUGCGCAGUUGUUGCCGGCUUCGUCAAAACACUUCCUGUCGGCGUCCACUUGGCUCGUCGUCUAGGUUGCGAAAGGUCCCUAUUCCUUGCUAUGUUCAACAAGCUAAAGUAUAAAGAAAGAAAUUUCCUACGGUCAGCCAACCCAAUCAUCUCUGUAAUUUGGCCCUGAGCGAGUUUUCCCUACAACCUUAAAAAAAAAAAAAAAAAAAAAAACUUGUGUGUUUUGAUAACGACAUAUAAAACAAAAUAUGGGUUGGUACGGUUAACGACCAAAACUAUGGCUUUUUUUACGGUUUAAACAAGAAGUCUUUAUUCUUUAAUAAACUACAACUUUAAAAAGGGAAAAUCCGGGCCUAAGAACCAUCUCUGGACGAGGCAAAUGAUGAUUUUAAGAAUUUUUAUAUAACACGCUACAGUCGAUCCACCUCUCGUAGACGACCACCUCCCAUAAGCGACCACCCAGUCGGAGAAACCCCCUGGGGUGCGAUUCUCGUAAGUGACCAGCUUCCGUAAUAGACUGCAAGCAUUUUCUCAUUUCUCCUCCUUAAUCUCUAAAUUUCGCCCGCCGCCGGUGGCUCUGAGGGAAUAACGACGGCCACUAGCUAGCUAUCCACACUGUAAGCGACCACUAAAUCCUGGCAUUUUGGGUGGUCGCUUACAUACAAGAGGCUGGGCUGUGUUAUAGUAUUCGCCACCAGGGAACGGGGGGAGGACUCCCAUAUGAAAGGAGCAGGGAUGCUCGUCGGAAAUUUUGAAUUAAACUCCUAAAGGAGACCAAUCUGGGCGUGGCCCGACCUAUUUUUGACCCCAAAAGAGACCAUUUUAAACUUUGACUAUUUGAAUCGAGUAAAUGAAACGCAUUGAAAGUAUAUAUAUAUUUUUAUACUUCUUCGCGUGCAACCCUAAAUAUACUAGCGUUUUACCGCAGAACAUCCUAAGUGAGACGAAAAUCAGAAAUUUACACAUCUAAGCGAGACGACGAGCAUUCACGCCCGGGAUUCGUCACCUUAGAAACGAGAAGGAAACUGGACCGUCGAAACGUUGCAAAGACUUCUGGUACUUAGGGGUAGGGAAAAUAUAAACCAAUAGCUGACCGGCGUCUCUCCAGCAACGAUUCCAGAAACCCAAUCUGCCGAGCGGAAAAAGAUGGCGGCUGUAUAUUUUACCACAAUUCCUUUCGAACCUAGCACGGCCAAUUACACAUAAAGUCAUAUUUUUUGGGGGGGAGAGGGGGUGGGGCGAAAUUCGUCCCUGAAAUAACAACAUUGCCUAUCCUACGUUUGAAGUUUAUAAAACUUUUCUGUGCGUUUUUAUGAGCAAUUCUAUGGUUUCCAUGCGCUACGAACUGUGGGUAAAUGUACCAGUCGCCAUCUUUUUAGGUACGGUGGAUUGCGGAACGCAUUUCGGCUCCACUUCCCUUCUCGAAAGUGACUUAUUAUCCUCCUAGUAUUUUCCCCUUCACUCUUAAAUGUGUUCAAAGUCAAAAUUGUUAAAAAAAAAUGCCAAAUUACAUUCUUUAAAAGGGCAGAAUAAGAAAAUAAUAAUUCAGUGUGAAAAUCCUGUUCAGAAGGCUGUCAGUGAACUUUAAUUUGAACGCUUACUUGAUAGAACCCCCUUCACAGACUCCGUCUUUCACUCUGGUAGUUGAAGGUUAUAAUUAGAUUGUACACAAUUCAUAAUAACCCAUAGUGUUGACAAGUCAAACGCCUUUUAUUAAUCACAUAUUGAAACGUUAUAUCAGGCUUUGACCUUGAGUUCGUGGCUCAGCUAGAGACCUUUCGAGUAUAUAUUACUUUCUAUAACUUUCGGUUUCUUUUCUCUUCACAUCGAUCUGCCCCCACCGUUUCUAUAAACUGCAAUAACGGAGCCCUGUUGAGCUGGAUGCUUAUUUCCACCGUUGCUAAUAUAGACAUUAUAGCGUUUUCUUUCUACCUACGCACCUUGAUAGAGCAAAAGCUUCGUUCCGGGCAUCCACCUGAACCUUCUCAGUCUUAUCAGCUGCGGAUUAACUUUGGAUAAAGCUGUUACCUAAUGACUACACUGGUUAACUGGUUCGUCCUUAUAGUGAUAAUGGUAUACUGAAACUGAGGACAUGAAACGCUCGUAUUUGACCAACGUGUAUAGUCAAUUUACUCAGCUUACUUAAUAUAUCGAAGCCUAAGAUUUUCUUAAGCAGUGUGCCAAGAAUUUUCUCGAGAGGGUCUGGUAUUAUGCAACAGGGCCUUGGUUUGUCAAUAGGUUUCAUGGUCAGAAUUGUUUGUUGUUGUUUUCAUUGUUGUCAUUUGUUUGAAUACCCCGUCAAAGUAAAUUACUUUUAUAGGAAAAAAGAAUCGACGGAAGGUUACAGCGCAAAAAUAUAACCAAUUAAGGUACCCACUCUUCAUCAUUGUCAAACGAAUACAUCGAAAGGGUUUAUUGAAGAAAUGGCAAGUAAAGUAUACAAAAUGAUACACUGCCUCGCGAUAGUGUCGAUAGCAGAACUUUAAAGGUCUUCAUGCGAAUUUGAGCCCUUCUGGAUCCUCAUAAUCUCAUGGAACAUGGAGGGAUGUCCGUCGCCAUAUCCCUGAGGCUACCCUGCGAGCCGAGGCCCAUCAAUCUUCCUAGAUGAGUCGGGAGGAAGAAGAGACUUAUCUAGGAAGAUCGAAGAGCCUCUGCUCGCAGCGUACCCCGAGGCUGGAUCCACUCGUUCAAUUCUCUUCUUUUGCCAACGACACGAUACCAAACAUUUAAAAGAUUUAACGAUAGACCCUUUAACUUUUUUUUUAAAGUUUAGAUGACAGUCAUUUGGCAAAAAUUAGUUUGAAAGUAACACGUCAAAAGCGAGCGAAGAUUGCUUUCCAAAGUCGCGAAAUUUUACAGACGUUUUAAUGGUGUACGCAGGCAAGUUGGUGCCCCCCCCUCCCCUCUACGAUACAAACUUGCAUACUGAAUUUUGCGACUUUGCCGAGCUAAGAAACUUUGUUCCGAUUCAACAACGGCACUCUCUAUUCAAUGGUAUCGACCGAUUUUCACUAACUGAAUUACUUUGGGAGGAUCUAUGGCUGUUGCUGCUUAAGCCAUCAGGCAUUUGUCCUUUCUUUAAUUCUUACCCCUUGCAUAUUUCGCCAGGGGAAUUUCUUGGCCAGAGACCAACUCUGUCAAUGUUAGGUGUUAAAAGAGAGGAAGGUGAUUGUAUAUUAUAUAACUGGAGCCGGAGGCCAAUUCAUAGAUACGUGCACCCUUAUACCUCAUCUACCCAGUACACACGCAAGUGGUAUCUUGGACUUGUAACAUCGGACAUACGGACUUUUUUGAAAGUCUAGUGAUAUCUUUAUGAAACAUCUUUGUACAUAGCUCGGAGUAUUCCCCACCGACUACGUACAUUUAUUGGCCGUAAAAUAAGUAGUAUCUAUAUGGCUGGCAAGUGUCCCAGCUUCCGCUUGCCGAAUUUUCCGGAUCCGCCCCUUUAGGUCUACGUCUGGCUUGGAAAGCUUUGAAAUCUAACUCCUGUCUAAGACUCUAAUCGACUGAAAAACGCAAAGCCGGCUUACAUAAUCAUAAUUUGGACGAACAGUUCAGCAUAUCGAUCGAUCUGCAUAAGAGGAUUCCUACUUCAACAAUGGUUAGUACUAAGUGUUUUAUCAUAAAUAGAUUAUAUAGAGAUUGAUGUACGUUUUAUUCAGGAACACGCGCACGCUGGAUAUUUAGUGGUAGAGAAAGCAUGUACCUUUAACUGCAAGCGCGGCUGAGGCUGCAGUAACUCUGGUACAAAACCUGGGGCGCGUUUCUCUAAAGACCUCGUAACUCUUUGGACCUAAAACCGUAUCUGAAGUAUUUUAGUGCGGGUUGUAUCCCUCUUAACCAGUCCAUUUUUUUCUUUAUCUUAUAACUUGCUUUAAUCAUUUUCAAAGAUUUUAAAACCCUGAAUUAAAACACGGCGAACUUAAAACAGCCUUCUUGGCCCGGUAAUAAUCGAGGCAUCCCGGAACUGGAGUGAGAUCUCUUUAGAUCUAUUAAAGAUGGAAGCCUGUUGGACAGGGCUGAACUAGGCUGCGUAGCAGGCGCCUAGAAGUGAUGGGUGCAAGAAAAAAGGGGGACUCAGGCACUUAGUGUUUAUCUUAAUUUAUUCAAGAAAACGAAAAUGGCCCAAGAACGGUAGGGACCAACCCUAGUUGUUCUUUUAAUAGGCAGAAAGUGCACUUUAUUUGUUUUAAUCUAGCGGGCUUGCUAAGUGGACGACUAUAAUCAAAAUUUUGGUCGGAGGAUGAAUGGUUCUUUCAAAGAUGAGUGCCCUUACAUGCCGCGAAUUUUAUAUGCCCCCGCCAAUGUGUUAUGACCUUUUGAAAUAUGGUAAAUUCAAGUUGUCAACAAAGUAAGUAUUCCGAAACAAUAUCAUCGUUUUGCAAGUUCAAAGCAAAGGGUAUAUGUUAGAGUACUCGUCCGUAAUUGAAAGAGGUCCGAGUUCUUAAAUCACUAAAGCGGUUUAGAACUGAGUAUGUUUGUACAAAUAAGUGCAUGGCGUUCGAUUUUCAUGUACCUUAUACAAAGCCGGUUUUACAAGCAUGCAAUUGGGCCCUCGAUAUUUUCAAUAGUUUUCCCACCAGAAGCGCGAGCCAAAAAAAAAAAGAGAAAAUAACAGAGGAUGUGGAGAAAUAACAACAGAUAUUUACUUUUAAAGUAAAUCAUUUCUGGCCCGGAAGCUUUGAAAUGUAACACCUGUCCAAAAACCUGAGCGCAAACAGACAAUCAUCAUUGGGACGAACCAGCUUGAAUUGUUCAGCUUACUCUGCAUCGAAGGCUUCCUACUUCAACCAUGGUUAUACUUAGCGUUUUAUGGGUAGAUUGAUUACUGUAUAUAUAAAUUAAUAUAGAUGUAAUACACCUUUGCACGCUUGAAAUUAUGACAAAGUGCUGCAAGAGCAGCUUAGGAUGCAGUACUCAGUUUCCAGAGACUCAUUUAUGAGACCUGUAAAGAACUGCGUUGCAAUCAAUUAUAUCUAGAUCUUUUAAGUAAGGAGACCUUUGGGAAUUGCACCAAGUGCCCAUUUUAGAGAGAUACAAGCCCUCAUACAUAGAAAAAGAUAAAGAACGGUAGGGAUUAACUGUUAGGUGUCCAUUAAUGGAAACUAAGUGGUUAAGUUGUUUCUAUAUCAAAGGCUGAGCACUUAACCUCGUUUUGAAACAGAGGCCCCGGGGGAACUCAAAAAUGGCUUAUUGCUGUUGUUGCUGAUACAAAGCCUUGUAUUUUCGUCCUCGCAUAUUUCGCCAGUGGCGGGGUGGGGUAAAGAGACAGAUGACAUUUCAUAGUGUUUGCUCACGUGAAAAACCGGGACUUUGCAACAUUACGGAAGUCAAUUACAUUUCAAGUUAAUAGCGUUUCAGGUGUUUGGCUCGGAAAACCUUGAAACCUAACACCUAUCACACGCACCAAACCAAGAUUAUUUUGCGAAAAAGGACAAAGUCCUUAAUCAUGAACACCGGCCCGUUGCCAGUAGAUCGAUCCUGUCAGUCAUCAAGCAAGGUAGUAAAUUACAAGUUCUGUUGGAUAAAGCAUAAUGGAUCAUAAUAUUGCGCUUUUUUGUCAGUUUAAGGAGUGGAAACAUCCUUGUUAAUUUCGUAUACGUCAAAAUAGCGAAUCAUUAAUUAAACCAUUUAACCAGUCAAGCUCAUCUAUUCCAUUUUACUUAAAACUAAAUCGAGGUAUUUUUUAACCGAAAACUUUAUCUGAGUAUAAGAGGAUGCUUAGAAAGCCAAAAAAUCAGCAAAAUACGUGUAUGUAAAUUCUGUGAGAAAUAAACACCGUUAAAAAUUUAACUCAGCAUCUGCCAUUUGGUUAUAUUAAACUCAUGUUUUUCUCUCAAACUAGUCAUUAAAAGGCCUGGAUUUCAUUAAAGGUUACAAUAACCUUGAUGAAAUGAUGCUGAAUUAUGUAAUAAUUCAGUCAAUAAAAAUAGAAAUAACACCUAUUUUUUUAGAGAAAAUGCAAAUUUCGAAAAACAUGGCUGUCAAAACUCGGUUGCCAUGGUAACAUCAAUAUUGACGUACUCGUCACGGCGACAUCAAAAUGUUCACAGAUAAAUUUUAGGAAAAGUCCGCAAAGUUUGGUGGUCCUAGCUUGAACUGUUUUGAAGUUAUUCAACUUUUUAGCGAAGGGGGGGCCUCAAAAGCUCCCCCCCCGAUCUGAAUAGGGUUAAGGAAGACUAUUCCAAAGAACAGCACCCUGUAGCGGAAACUAUUUCGACCAUAAUUUGUGCGUGGCGAUGUAAUGGAAUAGUUAACUUAUUUACAGAAUCUCGAAAAGUCUAAGGGGUUGUAUCAGAUCUUCUAAUGAAAAAAACUUGAAUACUCGGGAACAAGAUCGUUGAGGGAUUUGAAAACCUUCAAGGCUUUUUAAAUGUCAUGCUGGACGCUAAGAUUUCUCCAGUUUAGGCUAUCCAUUAGUUGUGAUGCGUCGGCGUCAUGAUUUUAGAAGCUUUGGACCCGGGCCGCACGAUUUUGUAGUUUUCUAUUUUGAAGCUUUUCAGGACAGUUUUGAGUAUACCUUUCUAUUAAAAAUAUCACCUCUUUACCAUUUUAAUCUACUUAAUAAAAAAGAAGCGCUUAAAAGAGAUUGCGCGAGGUGUAUGUCGACAUUGACGUUACCAUGGCAUCCGAGUUAAAACAGCCAUGUUUUUCAAAAACUGCAUUUUUUUCCGAAAAAUAUUAUUUCUAUUUUUACCUAUUGACUUAUUAUUAUUACUAUACUGAUUUAUUAUAGUAUUAUUAUAACUGGAAAUUAAAUCCAGGCUUUUAAGUGAUAACUUGAAAAAAAAAAACAACAACAACAACCACAAAAACAAAUUAAACAUGAGUUUAAUAAGACCAAAUGGCAGACGCUGGGUUUAAUUUUCACCACUGUAUAUUUCUCUCGGAAUUUCAUAACUUGUAGACUCCGUUUCAUAACUUGUGUACUCCGUUUUCAUUGUUUCACUGAAUCACACCAAAUUUCUUACCUACCUCGAUUUAUACUUUUUUUUUUAGCAAAAUGGAAUACAUUUACUUUAUUCAAUAUGGCGGGUCCAAGAAUGCGGAUGGUUUCAAUUCCUUUCUUAAUAAUAAAUGACGUCAUCAUGACAUCAAUAGUAUUGUUAAGGUUUACUUACGUGUUAGCCAACUUCUUGAAUCGAAGGGAAUAAAAAUUUAUGGGUAAAACAACUCCAAUUUCAUCUCCCUAUAAUUUCAAAAAAAUCUUCAAUAAGUGAUUUAACCGUGUCAUAAUUGGCCAGACCAUGUCAUAAUGGAACAGAUUAUCAGUUUUUAUUAUAUAGACACGAGUGUUUUACUGGAAAAUAUACCACUCGUAAAAUUUCAUAUAAACUACAUCCGGGACCCGAGUGGUUUAUUUUCCAUAAUCUCAUACGUGAGUUUAUCGAUGACGUGAUUUCAGUAAUUUCCCUCUAUUAUUUUAUUGAUGUCUUUUUGUCUAUAUAAUAAAAAGAACAUUACACGGCGGCUUGAAGAUAUGAAUUUUAUUUUCUCGUGGCAAAAACAAUAUUUUACUCACUCGCUGCGCUCUGUCGUAAAAGAUUGUUUUGCCACUCGAAAAUAAAAUUCAUAUCUUCGCGCCCCCGUGUAAUAUCCUCUAUUUAACUCCAUUUAUUCCUUUUGUAGCGCAAAGAGUUCUUUGCCAAGGCCAAGGGUUUCCGCUUGUCUCCUUUAAUGAGAGAAGCCACCGCGGAAUUCUGGGCCACAUUUAUCCUUGUAGUAAGUAUCCAACAAAGAAGUGAAUUGACCGUGAAAAAGUGGGCGAAACCUCGUAGAUACAGGCAGCGUUCACAUGGGCCCCUGUGAAUAGGCCGAGGAGGAGAAAAACUUGGAUACGGCGGGAAAAAGAGCAGCCGCACUGGCCUCUUCCCUUGGAAUCUUUUCGUAUCCUAACGAGAAAAACAUGAUUAAGGAAAGUUUGAAACAGAAACCUAAACACCUUUUACAUGUGUUCUAACUUCGUUUAGAAUGGGGCGUAUAUUUUAGUGCAGCUGUAAGUUUUGUCGUUGUCGUCGUCGUUAUUAGUGAACUUACGCAACAGGACGGGAGAGGAAAGAAGACGGCAAACCUUGUGUGACAAGCGUGACAAUAAUUUUGCUUGAAAUAACUUUUCGCCAAAAUUCACCUUCCUUUAAACAGAUCUUUUUGUAAAAGACCAGAAAACAUUGAUGUUAAGUGAAGAUCACGACAAAACACGUAAGAAAUAGCCUUGUCACGUUUGUCACACACGAGCGUUCUGCCGUCUUCUUCUUCCUGCCGUCCUGUUGCGUAAACUCACUAUCAUGGUUGAAGGAGUGAUCAACGUCGUAUGGGUGUACUUUUGUCUUGACCAUCUACUCGGCUAUUUCGCUACUGCAAGAAGAGAGAAACCUGCUAAUCCGGAAUUCUUGUUUAUGAACAAUAGAUGCCUUUGGCCCUGUUCGCGCUACGACAUAAAAUAGAGUUUGGCGCGUGCAAAAAAUUUGAAAAUUUUGUAAUCUCCAAUUUCUUGUUUACAAAGUUUUUGUCAAACCAGAAACGUCAAUUGAAGGAACUUUGAUUGGCUCGACAGCAUCUUUGAAGUUUGGUGACACUUUGUUUGGUGAAAAGAAAAUCUUUCGCACUAGAAAUGGUUUCCUGUUGACAGAUUUUGUUUUGCAAAACAAACAAAAUUUUGAGUAGUGCAAACAGGGCCUUUCCCAUGAAAUAAUAGAAACUAUCACGUGCUUUCGAGUCUUUGGAAUAGCAUAGUUGCUUAUCUUAACUUGUUAGAGAAAGAGACAAUGCAGAGAAAAGUAAGAAAACUCAACUAUCAAUUAGUAAACCUUGUUCCUGAAAAAUCGAAGAUAAUGAUGCUUAACUAACCAACCGUCGUACUCUCCAGAAGACUCCCAAGAGAGAUGAGUCCCUCUUUAAAGUAGUUUCAACUUUAAAAAAUUUCAUUGGUUUUAACGGUUCGAAUUAAUAUUUCAGAUCUUUGGUGUGGGGUCAGGGGCUCAGAUGAUUCUAAGCGACUGGAAGUUUGGAAAUUUCUUCUCUGUUAACCUCGGCGGGGGCAUGGGUGUAACAAUGGGAUGCUACUGGGCGUGGGGAAUCUCAGGUAUGCAAAUACACUUGUACACAGUAAACACUCUAUCGACCAGAAAAGCCUGGACAAACGUGUGUGCGGGAAAUAUGAUUAAUAGGCAGUAUCUCUGGGGUUGAACAACUAAACUGAAUUGGAUGAAUUUUUUUUAUUUGGAGAAUGGAAAUAUUGAGGUCUUCGGAUCAUAGUACUGUAGUUAUCUGCCAGUGGGCAACCGAGCUCGAUACAGGUUCAUCGAGCUCGACAUGUCAACCAAGCUCGAUAAACAAUGCACCUCGGGAAAACGUACCUGAUAUGUCGAUAUGUUGUAACCAAGCUUGAAUCCAUUCUUACUCGGUCUCCAUUGACCGUGCUCGACAAGUAAUGGAGCUCUUGUUAAUAAUCGAGCUCGUGGAUCAUAUUAGUUAUCUGGGAAAAACCACACCGAGAAACCAGUGAGGGUCAGCCAGAUCCUUAGUAGACCUGGAUAAGUAAAAACUUCAACACCAAAUUUAAAAUUGAAACAGUAAACUGAUCCUUACGGCAGGAAGCUUGAUGGAAAAAAUAAAAAUAAAAUUCUUUCUUUGUUAGGCUCCGUUUAAAGACCGAAAUAACGGGCAAAUAUAAUUUACCAUUUUAUUUUUGUUUUCUUUAUUUGUCUUUUUGUACCAAUCUUCCUGCCAUAAGUAUCAGUUUGCUAUUUUAAUGUUAAAUUUUGGCGAAUCAGAUACAUUGCACAGUUAAAUAAAUUAGCGUUUCUGAUAGAGAAUCAUCAUAUAUGAAUCGUUUUCACUCACGUGAUCAGCAUCUAUGAAAAUUUUUUCAAAACAAGAGGAUUAAGUUUUUACAUGCGAAAAGAGGACAAUCCACAAAGGGUUUUCUUUGCACACUAACAUGGCCGCCGUUUCAUUGUUUUCUACAUGAAAAAGGCUGCCGUGGUGUCAUGUGAAAAUUGAUCUAAUAGUAUAUACACCUGAUUUAAAAAACGUUGUCUCUUGAAAAGAAUAAACCAUGGACGAUGGGACCUCAUAGAUUCAUGGGCAGGAACUUUAUAAGCGUUGUAAACUUAAACGUUCUUUCCAGAAAAGUUUAUAUUAUCGAAGCUAUUCGCGACGGGAUGCUCACAUCUUCACCUGUGUGGGGCACAUCAGAGAUUUCUAUUGUUAAUGAGCGUAGCCAUAUCGCUAACGCACACUUGAAAAUCAUAAGAUAAGACAUAAAAAGACCACUGCAUGCCUUAAUAAUAAAGGGAUUUGGAUCUACACCGAGCAGCUCGUAACAAUGUUAACUUUCGCUGAAAGAACUUUGAAUUUGCUUUGCUAAUGAACGUAUAACCAUAAAGCCUUAUCGCUCAUGGUUUACGGUUUUCAAUCAGAUAUAUUACUUUCGUACGUUUGGAAUGUAAUAAGCACAGGAAAAAAAAUGAGUUAUUCCUAUACAUAAUUAUAUGCGUACAUUGGUGGUGCCCAAAGAGUCACUUGACAAGUUGUCCGUGAUCAAUGAUUCUAUUUAAUAGGCUACAAUGUGCGAAGAAAUUUACGUAAGCACUUAUUUUGGUCAUCCUUUAAUAGUAAACAUUUUCCCUUGCACCCCUUUCAGGUGCUCAGAUGAACCCCGCCUUGACACUGGCUUUUGCGGCCGCUAAGAGAUUGCCAUGGAAGAAAGUUCCCGUAUAUUGGACGGCGCAGGUGCUAGGGGCGUUUGUGGCUUCAGCGAGUGUUUAUGGCGUAUAUUACGGUGAGCGCAAGGGAAUAAUUUGAUGGAUUGACUGUUAUUAUCUUAGUUCCACAUUUGUUCCAUUUGGCGGCAUAUUUAUUAAUGUUUUUUUUUCUUAAAUUUCUUAAUUAUAUUUUAUUUCCUGUAUCUAAACUUAACAGAUGCCUUGAAUGAAUUCGAUGGUGGUGUUCGUCACGUUCUUGGUCCAAAAGGCACGGCAGGGAUCUGGGCGACUUAUCCUCAGUCCUUCUUAUCAACAGGAAAUGGCUUCGGUGAUCAGGUAAAUACGAGAGACGAAACAGGGGUAGCUGAAAAGUAUGAAAAGGCGAAUCCUUGCUGACGUCAAUGUUUACAUUUUUGCUCAUUAGCAUAGGAAUUAACCCAUAGAAGGCGUCGCCGUAUGUACAAGCUAGGUUCAACAGAUGAAAGAGCUGGUUAAUAAUUUGAGCAGUAUAUGCAAUUUGCAUCUCUUUGCAACUAGUAACAAAGGAAAUAGCAGCAAUCAAAAAUUGUGAAAUUUCUGGGCAGCAAAAACAGCUCAUACAUGCUUAGUUAGUUUGGGGUUUUUCCAAGAGAAUCUAUUAAGGGGUGUUAUCCAUUUAAAUGGGCAAAUGGGUUGGUUCGCGGUGUGGGCAAAUGAUAAGCAAUUCAUCAGUGGUUAAUUUUGUCCCUGAAUCGCGUUUACCAUUUGUACAAAUAAGUUUCAUUUACCGAAAAACGGCCGCGGAGGCGUGGAACUGGUGUCAAAGAUGGCUUGGUUUGAAAUAUUUCAUCCGAAAAAAAAAAAAAGCAAACAAACAAGACAACCUUUUCAGAUGUUCCGUUGCUCCCGGAAAUUUUCCGUAAGAACGAGCCAAAAAGUCGUUUUCCAUUUACUUUCCAACCGGAUUUUCCGGAAACUAGUAGGAUUCGCCUUUAGAUUGUUUUCACUCGCGUGCUUUGCAGCCAUGCAAAUUUCUUCGAACAAAAGAAUUAUUUUUCUUUACAUUAGAAGUCCCCACAGUUUUCUGCACAGUAAGGGACUGUUUACAUGGAGGUGGGGGACCCCAGGUAGAUGAGGUAACCCGCUUAGGUGGGGUAACCCGCCUGUCCAUGUAACCUCUCAUUUCAGUAGCCUGUUGAGCACGUUUACAUGAUAGGUAGGGUGACCCGUCAAAUGUUACCUCACUCAAAUGAGGUCCCCCACCUCCAUGUAAACAGGCCUUAAAAUGGCCACCGGUUCAUUGUUUUGUACAGCAUUAUGGCCGCCGUGACGUCAGGCAAAAAGGAUCUUUACUUCACCUCCUAAUAACUUGAUGCAAUAAGGCCCUAGUUCCAGCUUCCUUUUUAACCUUCUCAACAGUUCUUUUUUUAGUACAUACCGCUGUAUUAACGAUUUUGAGUCAACUUUAAAAUUAAAUUUUCCUAUUGCAAUUAUUCCCAUUUUCUCAUAAAAAUGGGCUAUACUGACUCGCACUAUUCUUUAGGUCCUUGGUACCGCGCUGUUUGUGGGCUGUGUCUUCGCCAUCACCGACAAAAAGAAUAAUGCUCCCGACAAAGGAGUAGCACCUUUUAUUAUCGGGCUGUUGGUAUUCGUCAUCGGCGCAACAUUUGGAUUCAAUUGCGGUUAUGCAAUUAAUCCUGCUAGGGAUCUGGGACCGAGGAUAUUCACUGCCAUGGCAGGAUGGGGCGGCGAAGUGUUCACGUGAGUAAAUAGAGCAUUAGUUUCUGAACAGUAUUAAAUUUUCAUGACUUCUUUAUCCAGCAAAACAUAACACAUAAUUGGCAACGACGAAAGCAAAACAAAAUAAUAGUAAAAAAAGUACAAAAACAACAACUACAACAAAUUAUUAUUGUUUUUUUACAACAGAAUAACGAUGUAAUGAGUUAUGAGUGGGGAGUAAAGAAACUGGGAUAAGGUGGAAGCCCCCCCCCCCGUUUUUUCUCCAUUCUCUCUUUUAGUCUCCACGCACGUUUUCACUUCUUUUUGCCAUAUCCUCUUCCAUCCCUACCCUUGUCAACCAGAGAGCCUGAUCACAGGCAACCGUACGUAACCUUCCUGGACAAAAUGGAACUAGAGUCUAAAACCUCGUUAACCUAAAUUCACAGGGCAAGCAAUAACUGGUUUUGGGUUCCAAUCUUUGCAUGUUUUCUUGGCGGUGUCCUCGGUGCCUUAAUCUAUGUUUUCUUCAUUGAAAUGCACCACGAUUUGGGGGAAAGAGAGGAGACCAAACCGAUGGAACUCGAGAGCAUCAUUACUAGUGAGUAAAGACACUGCAGACUACAAGGAAAAGUUUCCAAGUCUAGUUGGACAGAUCCGGACAGGGAGACCUGACGAAGAUAUAACCUUGCAUCAUAUUUGUCUUCCAUUGAUUUUAACUAUAUAUCGCGAUCGUCUAUAGUCAUGUAUAGUUUUUUGAUUCCAUGCGCAAGUCAAAGCCAUUAUAUAAUAUCUACUGUUUAUUAAAUAUCUACACUUUCAUUUGACAUAAUGGUGCAAAAGACGGUACAGACUUCUGUGUUUUGCUGACAGCAUUAGGCAAAUCAACUUUCGCAAUCCCACAGCUAUAAAAGAAAACUUAAAUUUUAUAAUGCUACGGAGAUUAUUCGGUUAUCGUUUCAGGUUAGAUCUGUUUUGCAUUAGUGUUGCGAUGAGUUUAGUCCUAGCUAGAACCUGCGCCAGGCUUGUCACUGGAUCUGAGUGGCGGCAGUCGACUAUUAUGUAUGUCAUACCUUUUUCGGUGUUAUUAGAAAUAUGAUUUAUGUCUUUAAUAUUAUAUUUUGCAAUUUUCCGUUUCUAAACCUAAAAGCCUCUUUUUACGUAACUUACAAAAGCUUAACUGUAAACAAUUAAGAAAAUAAUUAAAAGCUUGUUUUAGAAAUUUUGUUCACGUGC